GACCAUUGAAUGAAUACUAUACAAGCCUCCUUUAUUCUCCCUGUUGUAUUCAUCUAACAGCUCACUGGUUAAGUUUUAAUUGCUUCCAAUGAGGUCAGCAAAGGUAUUUAUCGAAAAGCCCUGAAUAAAAGGCUCCACACACAUACACAGGAGCACACACGCACUCACACACACAGAGAAAAUCCUCCUGCCUGUUGAUUUAUGGAAACAAUUAUGAUUCUGCUGGAGAACUUCUCAGCUGAGAAGUAGUUUGUAGCUACAGUAGAGAGGCUCAAGUUGCACCAGGCAGACAACAGACAUGGAAUUCUUGUGCAUCCAGCUGUUAUCAACAGAACAAAAGUCAAAUAGCAAACAGCGUCACAGCAACUGAGCUCACCACAGCCUGCUUUUACAAGGAUAUCCCAGCAGAGUAAAGGAGGGACCCUGGGUUGCUGUUAUCAGGAACUGAAAGGAUAAAGCUAACAAUUUGGAAAGAGCAACUAUUCUUCCUUAAAUCAAUCUACAAUUCACAGAUAGGAAGAGGUCAAUGACCUAGGAGCAACAAUCACUCAAGCUUUAAUUUUCAGUAUGUUAUUCAUGAACACUCGGAGCACUACACUAUAAUGCGCAAAUGGAUACUGACAUGGAUCCUGCCAACUUUGCUCUACAGCUCAUGCUUUCACAUUAUCUGUCUAGUGGGCACUAUAUCUUUAGCUUGCAAUGACAUGACUUCAGAGCAAAUGGCUACAAAUGUGAACUGUUCCAGCCCUGAGCGACACACAAGAAGUUAUGAUUACAUGGAAGGAGGGGAUAUAAGAGUGAGAAGACUCUUCUGUCGAACACAGUGGUAUCUGAGAAUUGAUAAAAGAGGCAAAGUCAAAGGGACCCAAGAGAUGAAGAACAAUUACAAUAUCAUGGAAAUCAGGACAGUGGAGGUUGGAAUUGUGGCAAUCAAAGGGGUGGAGAGUGAAUAUUUUCUUGCAAUGAACAAGGAAGGGAAACUCUAUGCAAAGAAAGAAUGCAAUGAAGAUUGCAACUUCAAAGAAUUAAUUCUGGAAAACCAUUACAACACAUAUGCAUCAGCUAAAUGGACACACAGUGGAGGAGAAAUGUUUGUUGCCUUAAAUCAGAAGGGGGUUCCUGUAAGAGGGAGAAAAACAAAGAAAGAACAAAAAACAGCUCACUUUCUUCCUAUGGCAAUAACCUAAUUGUAUAUGGUAUAUAAGAAACCAGUUCCAGCAGGGAGAUUUCUUUAAGUGGACUGUUUUCUUUUUUCUUCUCUUCUUUCCUUUCCUUUUCUCUUUCUUUUUUUUUUUUAAAUAACCAAGAAAGGCUGGAAAACUACUGAAAAACUGAUCAAGCUGGACUUGCGCAUUUAUGUUUAUUUUAAGAGACUGCAUUAAAGAAAGAUUUGAAAAAUAAACACAAAAAUCAGAUUUAGUAACUAAAAGUUGUAAAAAAUUGUAAAACUGGUUGUACAAUCAUGAUGUUAGUAAUAGUAAUGUUUUUUCUUAAAUUAAUUUACCCUUAAGAGUAUGUUAGAUUUGAUUAUCUGAUAAUGAUUAUUUAAAUAUUCCUAUCUGCUUAUUAAAUGGCUGCUAUAAUAAUAAUAAUGCAGAUGAUGUUAUAUAAGAUGUGUCAGACCCGAAGGCUGCUGGAAUGACUUGUCAGAUAAUCAAGCCAAUGCUAACUAUGGAAGAUGAGCAGUAUUUGAAAUGCUUUCUAGUAAAAAGUCAUAAUUCAUUCAAACACUGAUCAGAAAAGAAGAAAUAUUCUCUCAAAAAUUCUAUUAUGAAAUUAAAUCAAAUAGGUAGUUUUAUAAAAGUAUAUGAUUAGAACAUUUUUGUGCUUAUUAACAGAAACAAAAUUUGUAAUGCUGCUCAAAUUGAAAGGGUAUUGCUACAAGGGUAUUUUCAAAAAUCUUGUGUAUAAAUAGCAAUAAUGAUGAUAAUACUGUACUUCAUCUCACUUGCCACAAAAUAACAUUUUAUAAUCCCUAAAAGUUAAAAUUCAAGUAAUAUAAUCUAUCUUUUGUAUAAUUCAUAUUCAGGAAUAUGGCUUUUAAUAAUGUUUUCCCCACAAAUAAUCAUGCUUUUUCGGUGGUUAUAGCAUUAAACUCUAUUUUAAGUUGUAUAUGAACUUUAUUGUUUUGUUAAGUUUAUGUUAUUUAUAAAAAACAACCUUAAUAAGCUGUAUCUGUUUCAUAUGCUUUUAAUUCUAAAGCAAUAACAAAACAGGCUGGCUCAACUGCAAUUUCCCCUCCUCCUCGUGACCAGCACUAAGUCCAGUACACAACACAUGGGCCAGCAAAUCCUGGAUGACAGACAAAAAUGACAGCCUGCAGCAAUUCUUACAAUAGAUGUCUCACAGGGAACAAUGCAAAAAUGUGAAAUAUGUUUUGCCACAUACUCUUGUCAAUUAGAAUUGAAUCAUGUAAGUUAAAAGAACUUACAGAAUUUAAAGUUAGACUACAUUUGAGUUUAUCAGUUGUACCAUAUUUUAAAAACAUGCAUAUUUCAAGUUAGUAUAAUUUUUCUAAUCUCUAGAAAUCUUGACAUUCAGAGUAUGGCAGCAUCAAAAGUUGCUUCCCUGUUAGAUUGUGCAAGAGCACAAUGCCCAAAACAGGGUCUUGAAGCCCUCAAUAUCAAAACAGCUAUAGAUAAUGUACUUAUCAGAAAAAUAAAUUUACACAUAACUUCCAUUGGCAGAUUUUGGUAGCGCUUUAUAUAUUCAUUAAUAGGAGGUCAACAAUUGAUACAAAUUAUACUAUUGAUAUGCUCACCAUGAUGGUUUUAAAUUUAAAAUACUUGUCAUUCAAUAUCCUUUGUUUUAUAUAAAUAUUACUUGGUAAUGCAUUCAUAGAAGAGAGUUACAUGAAAUGGCUAAAUGAAUAGAAAUGACAGAUUCCAUUGAUUUUCUUGUAGCUCACCUACAUGACCAGGCUGCAAGAAGCUAGAAAGAACCACUCUUUCUCAGACAUACUCUGGGGAGGUGCCAUGAUAUUUUCACUGUCAUCUGACUCAAGGACUUUACUAGCAUAGGUUCCCGGAUCAGGCUUCUGUGAAUGGAGCCUUGUGAAUGUGUGAGGGCAGAAGAGGACCUGUGUAUUUUAUAUUUAUCUCCUUAGUACCUAGCAGAAUGUCUGUCCAUAAUCAAUUUAUAUAUAGAUUGAAUUACUGUUCCAGUAUCAAAGAAAAUUCAUAAUUAGAUGAAUUUUACUUCAUUUUUAUUUU